CUCAAAACCAUUGUUAGAGUCACCGAAAAGAAACGGAAAGAUAAAGGAAAGAAGAUGACGAGCGUGGAAGAUAAGCUUGAAUCUGCUGAAACCCCUCCUCCUCAUGUGGUGAUAUUUCCAGCACCAAGGCAAGGGCAUGUCAACACCAUCCUCUCACUGGCGGAGCUUCUGGCACUUUCCGACUUCCAAGUCACCUUUCUCAUCACCCCCUACAUACUUAACCGCCUCCGCCGUUUCGCCGGCGACAUCGAAGCUCGUCAUCCCAAUCUCAGCUUCGAAACCUUUGGCCACGGCGUUCUCCAAAACCCCGCACUAUUCGGCCACAACAUGAAGGAAUUAGCUGAGCAAAUCAAGUCUCAGGGAAAGCUCAAGUUGAGGGAGUUAUGCGCGGAACAUUCAGGAAAACCCAGGGUCGGUUGCAUUAUAGUGGAUGCCUUACUCGGACAGGUCGGCUCCGACCUCGGAGACGAGCUUGGAGUACCCAUAAUUCAUUUCCGUACGGCCAGUGCCUGCAGUUUUUGGGCGUAUUUUAAUGUUCCUAAGCUCCUUCAGUGCAACGAACUUCCAAUUAAAGGGGAAGAAGACAUGGAUCGCGUAAUAACAAGAAUCCCAGGUAUGGAAAACUUGGUUCGAUGUCGGGAUCUGCCGGCUCUCUGUCGAGGAGAACGUAAGGGUACUCUUUCUUUGGACACUUUGGUAUAUCUGGCACUUCAUUCGCAGCAAGCAAAAGCUGUGCUUAUGAACACAUUUGAGGACCUAGAAGGCCCUGUCCUCUCCCAACUACGCCAUCACUUCCCCAAUCUCUACACCCUUGGCCCUCUCCACGUACUCCUCAACUCCAAGAAAGCCUCAAAAACGGCGGCGGCGGCGUCGGGCAGGGAGGAGGAAAAAGACAGAACAUGCAUGAGGUGGCUCGACGCUCAGCCUCCAAAGUCGGUGAUCUACGUGAGCUUUGGUAGCGUGGCUGUCUACACAAGGGCUCAACUCAUGGAGAUAUGGCACGGUUUGAUGAACAGCAAGAAGCCGUUCUUGUGGGUGAUCCGACCCGACUUGGUGGCUGAAACAGACGGAGAUCAGGGUCUGCCGGCAGAGCUACAGGAAGGGGCGAACGAGAGAGCGUGUAUAGUGGAGUGGGCCCCGCAACAGGAGGUGCUGGAACACGCGGCGGUCGGUGGGUUCAUGACACACAGCGGAUGGAACUCCACGUUGGAGAGCAUGGUGGCCGGAGUUCCGAUGAUAUGUUGGCCUCUCUUUGGUGAUCAGCCGACAAAUAGCAGAUAUGUGAGUGAGGUGUGGAAGAUAGGGUUGGAUAUGAAGGACACGUGUGAUAGGAAGAUUGUGGAGGAGAUGGUGAAUGAUCUCAUGGUGGAAAGAAGGCAAGAGUUUGAGAAGUCAGCACAAGCUUUGGCGGCUUUGGCCAAGAAGAGUGCCGGUGAAGGAGGCUCAUCUUACUCUAAUUUCCAUCGUUUUAUUGAGUAUUUGAAGUCCAUUUGUUAGGCGAAAAUAAAUUGAAAAAAUGAUAUAAAAAUGCUUAUUAAAUUUUUAAAAAAUAAAUAAGUCAUGGUGAGUACUCUUGUAAUAAUUUUGACUACUCUUAUAAUAUCUCGGCAUGUCAAAAUCACCUAUUUU